AGUAGGCGUGAAGCUAGCAGCAAAAAUAAAAACAAAUCGAAGCUAAAUUGUCUCAAAAAAUUGUCGUUAAUGGAAAAUGGCGAAUGUAACACCAAAGCUGACGGGUAACCAGUCACACUGCGUCUUCUUGAGCGGUGACUCGGAGGGCUAUGAAUGCGUGGUGAUUUUAACUGUGAAACGAGCCACAGGAACCUUCUCCUUAGUAGGAUGUGUUUUCAUGCUGUUUGUGAUCUGGCUGCUACGGAGGUAUCACUCCUUGGCUCAGAAGAUGAUUCUCAGCCUGACUGUCGCCGCCUUCUUCGACAGCGUCGCAUAUGUCAUGGGCGACUCCCAUCCAAAAGGAUCUCUGUGUGACUUCCAAGCCUGGUGGCUAACAUACUUCGACUGGAGUGCCUUGGCCUGGGUUUGUCUCAUCACACUGAACCUGUACCUCAACCUGGUCAGAGAAAUAAGCACCAACAGAUAUGAGAUGCUGUACCACGUGUUGGCGUGGGGCGUCCCUUUGGUCAUGGCCUCCUUGCCUCUGCUCAAGGGUUACUACGGCCCCGCGGGAGCCUGGUGCUGGAUCACAGACAAUCACGUAGCCUGGAGAUUUGGGAUAUGGUACGUGCCUCUUUUCACACUCAUCUUCCUGAUGAUCUUCUGCUACGCCAGGAUCAUCUGCGUGGCCAAUCAGAGAAUGCAGUCAUGGUUGGGAACCUUCAACCCAGAGAGGGAGAGGCGUAAGGUGUCCUUGGCGGAGGAGAUCAAGCCGCUGAAGUGGUAUCCCUCCGUUUACCUGCUGGUUUCCCUUUUCCCCCUCAUCAACAGACUCCAUAACGCCUUGUACCCGGGGAAUCCAUCCUACCCCCUCAUCCUGUUGCACGUCCUCUCGGCGCCGCUUCACGGUUUGGCCAAUGCCUUCGUCUUUGGCCUGGACAGAGAUUGGUGGAGCGUGCUGAGCCCGACUGGCAUGCAGCUGGCUCUGCAGUCGCGGCUGUGUGACAGAACGCGAAUCGGAGAGUACUACCCCGGGGCGGUGCGCUACACACAGGCUGACCCUGGCAGACCUCAGCGAUGACGCGACCGACGACAACACGUGCUCUUCUACUCCCCUGACAUGACCCUGAAAGACCGAGGGCCCUGAGAGAGAGAGAGAGCGGGCGAGCGGGGGAGCGCCAGACAAAGGAGGCACGGCGGAGGGUCGCAGGCAGCCACAGCGAAACGCAGCGGGAUUAGAAACUGAGAA